GGGCGGGGACCGCCGUUGGCCAGAGUUUCCCGGGGAACUGUCCAGAGGCCGGACGGCAGAGAGGGGAGGAGGAAUAGGGGGUGCGGCCCGCCUGUGCCUGCGGCCGUGCAGCUCCGGAGGGCAGUGAAGUAGCCGCUCUAGAUACGCCUCUUUCAUUGAUGAAAUUUAAGUUCGUGUGAUAUUACCUUUUCCGGGAGCCUCCAGCUGGCCCUCAUUUGCGUCAAGGGUUUAGUGUAGCCUGGAGUUCCGAGCCGACUCGGUCGCACCAAGUUUCUGCCUUUUGGAAGUGCGGAAGGUUUUCCUGGGUGUUUUUUUUUCUUUUUUUUUUUUUUUUUGAGGUAGUUUUAGCCGCUUUGAAUACACUCUUAAGUGGCAAAACAUAGGAAGAGGAGAAGGAACUCGUCGGUUGUUAAAGCAGGGGUGGAAGAGAGACCUGCCCAUAGCAGGUGACUCCUCUAGGUAUUUGAAUAUAUAUACACACACAUAUAUAUAUAGGCCAGGGUAUUUUAAUAAAUCACUAAAAUGUCGAGAUUUGUACAAGAUCUCAGCAAAGCAAUGUCUCAAGAUGGCGCUUCUCAGUUCCAAGAAGUCAUUCGACAAGAACUAGAAUUAUCUGUGAAGAAGGAACUAGAAAAGAUACUCACCACAGCACCAUCACAUGAGUUUGAACACACUAAAAAAGACCUUGAUGGAUUUCGGAAGCUAUUUCAUAGAUUUUUACAAGAAAAGGGACCUUCUGUGGAUUGGGGAAAAAUCCAGAAACCUCCAGAAGAUUCGAUUCAACCCUAUGAGAAGAUAAAGGCCAGGGGCUUACCUGAUAAUGUAUCUUCUGUGCUGAACAAGCUGGUGGUGGUGAAACUCAAUGGUGGUUUGGGAACCAGCAUGGGCUGCAAAGGCCCGAAGAGUCUGAUUGGUGUGAGGAAUGAGAAUACCUUUCUGGAUCUGACCGUUCAGCAAAUCGAACAUUUGAACAAAACCUACAAUACAGAUGUUCCUCUUGUUCUAAUGAACUCUUUUAACACGGAUGAAGAUACAAAAAAAAUACUACAGAAGUAUAAUCACUGUCGUGUGAAAAUCUACACUUUUAAUCAAAGCAGGUACCCGAGGAUUAAUAAAGAAUCUUUACUACCUGUAGCAAAGAAUGUAUCGUUCUCAGGGGAAAAUACAGAAGCCUGGUACCCUCCGGGUCAUGGAGAUAUUUACGCCAGUUUCUACAACUCUGGUUUGCUCGAUACCUUUAUAGGAGAAGGCAAAGAGUAUAUUUUUGUGUCCAACAUAGAUAAUCUGGGUGCCACCGUGGAUCUUUAUAUUCUUAAUCAUCUAAUGAACCCACCCAAUGGAAAACCUUGUGAAUUUGUCAUGGAAGUCACAAAUAAAACACGUGCAGAUGUAAAGGGUGGGACACUCACUCAGUAUGAAGGCAAAUUGAGACUGGUGGAAAUUGCUCAAGUGCCAAAAGCACAUGUUGAUGAGUUCAAAUCUGUAUCAAAAUUCAAAAUAUUUAAUACAAACAACCUAUGGAUCUCUCUUGCAGCAGUUAAAAGACUGCAGGAGCAGAAUGCUAUUGACAUGGAAAUCAUUGUAAAUCCAAAGACUUUGGAUGGAGGCCUAAAUGUCAUUCAGUUGGAAACUGCAGUAGGGGCUGCCAUUAAAAGUUUUGAGAACUCUCUAGGUAUUAAUGUUCCUAGGAGCCGUUUUCUGCCUGUCAAAACCACAUCAGAUCUCUUGCUUGUGAUGUCAAACCUCUACAGCCUUAAUGCAGGAUCUCUGACAAUGAGUGAAAAGCGGGAAUUUCCUACAGUGCCCUUGGUUAAAUUAGGCAGUUCUUUUACAAAGGUACGUAAUUAUAAAGAUGAUAUACGUGUAGAUUUGUAUUUCUUAAAUGUGUAAUUAUAAAGAUACGAU